CUUGGUGGGUAUAAUUAGGGUUUAAGGUCAAUGCGAACUCAAAAGUUCGCAUGGAAAUCCGAAACUUGUGCAAGAGCAUCAGGUCUCUGAAAUCGUUGACUUACUGAGAGGGGGCGAAAACGAUUUGAGCUCCAAGUUGAAUGGGAAGAAUGUCACUUUAUCCAUACCGUCGUGUGUAAAAAUUUUUCAGAUAUUGUCUCGUGAAAGAGUGUCGGCAUUACGAUUCUUUGAUUGGCUUAGGGCUUCGCAUCCUGAAUUUUGUCAUGAUUCGCAUAUAUGUAGCCUGGUUAUUGAUAAUUGUGGGCGACUGGAAAAUUACGAGGUAAUGGUUCCCAUUUUGAAGGAAUUUAACUUUAAAUGUGUGUGCUUGGAGCAAAAAGCAUUUGGGUUCUUGCUUGAUUCAAGUUUGCACAGGGCUUCUCUUAUGGAAUCUACCGAGAAAGUAAUAUCUGUGUUAAAUGAGGUUGGAGGGUCAUGUCAAACUUCAGGCAUCCGGUCAUUGAUAGAAAUAUUUUGUGUUUCUGGUUCAUUUGAUAUAGCCGAGUUCGUGAUAGGGACAGCAGGGAGGAAGGUGAAUCAUUAUAAUAUCUUGAUUAGGGAGUUUUGUAGAAAAAGGGAUUGUGAAAGGGCAAGGAAAUUGUUAAAAGAAAUGAAGCAGAACGGUUGUGCUCCAAAUAUAACUAGUUAUAAUAUGGUGAUUAGUUGUUUAUGCACAAAUGAAAAAUUUGCUGAAGCUACCCAAAUGCUUGAGGCUAUAGAGAAGGAGUAUGGUUUACCAGAUGCAAGUACCUGUGAUAUACUUAUUCACUUCCUAUGUAAACGUGGCCAUUUUGAUUUAGUAUUGGAAUUUCUUGAUAGAAUGAUUGGGAGGGGUAUUGAACCUUGUAUUGCAUCAAAUGCUGCAAUAAUAAAGGCUUAUUUCAGAUCAAAAAAAUAUGAGGAAGCACAUAAGUUUGUGGUUGAAUCUGUUACUAAGCAGAGGUAUUCCAGCAAUGCGAACUACAGUUUGCUUGCAGCCCUUCAUUUGAAUAAAGGCAAUGUACUGCAAGCCUCGAAGAUUCUGCAUGAGAUGAUGGAUAAGGGUCUUAAACCUAAUUUUCGGGUUUGCCUGUCGGUAAGUAAGCGUCUUGAGAAGUCAAAAAAAGCAAUGCAGUCAGAAUUAAUGAGGAGAUACUGGAGCAUUAUAGAGAAGUAAAUGCAAAUGCUGAAUUUUGUAGACAGGUUUUGCUAAAUGCUCAGCAUUUCCCUUGUAAACUUCAAGUGGAUGAGUUUUGACCA